ACGACAAUUGACGCCAUGCGCCAUGAAACCUCGUCCAGCCGGAGGAAGGGCCCCGCCCUGCGCCGCCGACCCGAGAGACCGCCGUCCCCACAGCCGGGCCCGUCUGCACCCUGGCACUCCCCUCGCUCAGGUCCAUCUGAGGGGUCACCCGAGCCCAGGCGCUCACCUCACCAAGGUACCUCUGAGGAGUCAUCACGCCCGGGUCGCUCGUCCAACCGGAGGAAAAGCGCUGCCCCGCGCCGCCGCCCCGAGAGGCUGCCAUCCCCACAGCCAGGCCCGUCCGCGCCCAGCUGCUCCUUUCGCCCAGGUCCAUCUGAGAAGUCAUCACGCCUGGGUCCCUCCUCACGCCCGGAACGCUCGGCCAGGAUUCGGCGUUUUCGCCCCGGUACCAAGGCCUUGAUGGAGAUCCGCAAAUAUCAGAAGAGCACCGGAGCCCUCUUGCCAAAGGCGCCCUUCUUUCGCCUGGUCCGUGAGGUGUGCCAGACUACCUGCAGACGUGAUUUCAAGUGGCAGGUCUUUGCUCUAAUGGCGCUUCAGGAGGCGGCCGAGGCAUUCAUGGUGCUCCUGUUUAGCGACGCCAACCUGUUAGCCAUGCACGCCAAGCGAGUCACUUUGUUUCGCCAGGACAUCCAACUGGCCCAAAGGAUCCGCGGGUGGCCCAACGCCAUCUGAGUGUGAUUGCCGCCCGCCGUAUUUGUUUAUCCGCGGGCCCAACGCCAUUUGAGCGCGACGGCCGUUCGCCGUAUUUGUUUAUCCGCGGGCCCAACGCCAUCUGAGCGCGACGGCUGCCCGCCGUAUUUGUUUUUGAAUUGUGUCCAAGUUCUGUAUUUUUUCAAUAAAGGGCAC